GUUAGUAGGUGGUAUGUUACCUGUACAGAAUGUAUCAAUGGAUUUAAAUCUUUGUCUUCAUUCAUGACCCAUUUCUUUCCAUUUUCUCACAAUGGAAAAAUGUGAGUGUAAGUUUUAACUGGGGCUGUGGAUAAUGAAAUGGUCUUUAUUCUGUAAAUUUUUUUGGAGUACAUGGUCAUACAUUUAUGGAGUUCGUUACAAACAGCGGGGACUAUUGCCAGGCACAGCACGUGUAAACUAAACAGUCAUUUACUGUGGUGCUUUAUUUGAAUCAUACGUUCUGUGGCAGUAUCAACACACUACUUUGAAUGGGUUAAUUUGACGGAAAAAUUCCUCGACAGGGAAAUUCUGCCGAAAGUCUUUCAUUUCUGCUUUUCCUUGUAUAGAUCGUUGGAUAAAUAGUUCAUCCUUGGGUACAUUUUGUUCUCACGUUGUUUUAUGUGAAUUUAUUUAUUUUGUUCCGAUUUUAAAGAGUUUAUUUCGUUGUACAUUUGUUGACGUAGAAUUCUGAGGCGACGCAAUCUCAUAUAAUUACGUAAACAAUAUUGUAUCUAUGACAAACAUGAAGUCACGAAGACCAGAACCUGCUGAAAUUGAGUAUAAGAACAUGCGGUUCCUAAUUAUGGAUCGACCAACAGAUUCAACAAUGGAUAAAUUUAUAGAGGAACUGCAUAAGAAAGGAGCUAAAGAUGUAGUACGUGUAUGUGAGCCGACUUAUAAAACAGAGAAACUUGAUGCCCAGGGAAUACGGGUACUUGACUGGCAGUUUGAUGAUGGUAAUCCACCACCAGGAGAAGUUAUAGACGAAUGGAUUAAUCUACUAAAAACAAGGUUUAAAGAGGAACCAGGAUGCUGUGUGGCUGUACAUUGUGUAGCAGGAUUAGGCAGAGCUCCAGUUUUGGUAGCAUUAGCAUUAAUUGAAUGUGGAAUGUUAUAUGAAGAUGCUGUAGAACUCAUCAGACAAAAAAGGCGAGGAGCAAUCAAUGCAAAGCAACUUGCCUUCUUGGAACAUUACCGUCCUAAAUCAAGACUCAAACAGAAAGGAAACGGCCACAACAAGCCAUGCUGUGUCAUGUGAUUGAACACAGACACACAGCUUAAAGUGUUCAACGCGAUUAUUGCCCUGUGUCAACCAUACUCAUUUGUUCAUUAUUUGUCUUUAUAACAUGAUUAAAUAUAGGUGGAGUGUAUGUCAUCCACCAUUUAAUUGGGGAAGUGAAACUAUUUUUAUACUGUUUAUUUUAUUUAUAGAACAGAUAUAUAUAGCAGCAACAAGGGUUCUCUCUAAUUCUACCACUUUUGCUUUUAUUUUACAAUUGAUUAUAAAAAUAUGUUCCGAUGAUUUGUUCUGAAAAUUAAUUUGAUUAUAUUUGCAGGACUGUUCCAUUAAAACCUAUAUGUUAUCAAGGAGAGACACUUUAAAGAUAAAGCCAAACAAAAAUAUAGUUCUGUUUCCUACCCAAAAAUUUGAUGCCUAUCCUAUCACAUUUAUGGACAUUUUUAUAUUUAUUACGUUUAAGUCCACAUUUGAGUUAAGCACUCUUAAAUUCUAGCACAUUUUCCUAUAAUCUACAAAAAUGUUUAAAAUUAUAAAAUUAUUUGACCCAUAUUUCUUUCUUAUUUCUUCUUCCAUGAGUAUAUACAUGAUAUAUAUAUAUAACCACACUACAUAUUAAUUUUCAACACUUAAGGUUGGGCGUGAAAUAUAAAGUCCUACAAUAUAAGUUUAAAAUGUAUAUCUUGAAAUCUGGUUACCUUCCUUGGUUUCCAUGUAUGUUUUAUGGAACAGCCCUUUGUAUUUUCAUAUGCUUGAUAUCAUCACACUUAUGUUUUAUUGUUAUUCAUUAGAAGAACUCUAGUAGGAGUUAACAGUAAGACAAAUCCAUGGUUUAGAAAAACAUUUAAUUUUCAUAUUUGUCUAAAAAUGAUGUCAGUAUCAGUAACUUUGACUGCUAAACAUAUAAUGAUUUAAUGACUAAGACAUUUAAAUGUUGUAACACAAUAAUACAUAAUAAUAAACCUGGCAGAAAUUCUUAUGUCUUCCUGAUAUAGUACCAGGAAAGUCCUGGAUCUCCAAACAUUUUAUUAAAUUUUUGGUAUUUUUGGGAAAUGAUUUUGCAAUAUAGAAAUUCUUAAUUUGACGAAGUUUUGUAGUUGUCGAAUGAAAAGUAAGAAUUCACAAUAGCUUUUGUUGAAAAAAGAAAUAUUAAUAAUUUUUAGGCAGAAUUAGGGAUACUUGAAAUUCUAUUUUAUCAAAGUGUAUAUAAAUUAUAUAUGUCACCACAGUUUAGUGCUAUGUAUAGUAAUAAAUGAUUCAAAGAUUAAAACUAAUUACAGAUGAUUUAAUAGAGGGAAAAUGGGAAUUUGUCACUAUCAGUGAAGAGGCUACUUUGGGGUAAUACAUCUUUUAUCCAUUUAUAUUUCCAGUAAUUGAUUCUCCAUGUCAUUUCACUUUUUUCAUAUUUUAGCGUCAUAAGGCUAGCGUUACAAAUUUCAGUAGAUUUUCAUCAAUAACUGAUUUCUAGUUAUACAGAAGUGUGCUCACAUGUAUUACUUCCCUUUGCAAAUUUAAUAUAAAUAUAACAUAAUUAUAUAAGGAGCUGCAUAUUUAGAGGAAUUUGAUAUUAAAGAAUAGCAUUUUUUUGUAUUGAAAAAAAAACACCCGAAAAAAACAAUAGAAAAUAUACGUUGAUCAUUGCAUAUAUGCCUAAAAUUUUCUUAAAAAUUUAUUAUUUAUGUAUUAAGAUUUGAAUAGGGACUGUAAACAAGAUACUUUAACCUCAUCAUUCCAAGGUAUUCUCUUUAUAUUAUCAACAUUUUUUAAAAUUGUAUGUUAAAUCCUGAUCAUUGCAGAUAGGAGAAAUCAGGAAUUCAAUUUUUUGUUUCAAGUGGCAGAAAUUUUCAAUUUGACAUCAUUAGUUUUGAUAUCAUAAAAAUUGUUAGUAUGCUAGACAAAAAGAAGUACAAAAUAUGUAGUCUGUUUAAAUCAUAAAUAUAAAGGAAAAAAAUCCUUUACUCCUGACUUGACAGAGGAUGUAUGAAAAAUAUCCUUGACCUUUAACUUGAAAAAAAACCAAACUAGUAAGGUGUUAGUUUUUAUUUGUGAUAUAUUAAUACUAAAUAACCAAAGUGAAAUAAUGUAUUUUUGUUAAUAUUUAUUUCACAAGUUGUUUGAAAAUUAGAUACCCUUGAAAUCAAAUUAAUGAACGAAUAGAAAUGGGGAAAUCCAUGUAAUGUACAUACGAAAAAAGAUGAGAUACUCUUCAGUGAGACGGCAACCAAACACAAAUAACAAAUAGACAUCUACAGGUUAUCAUACAGUGUCCAAAUCUUACUUUCUGGAUUCUAAAAUAAAAUGUCUUAUAAGCAAGGGAAGUAAAAUAUGUAACCUAUAAAUAGAUUUAGAAGACACUGAAUAAAUCUCAAGUUAUGAGAAAAAGAAUGGAAAUCUAGAAAUAAAUAAAUGCAUUAUUACAUAGCCUUAAAACUUGCCUUGAGACAUGUAUACUCCAUACUCAAUCCAAUGACCAUUAGAUUGGAAUGUGGUUAGGUUUUAAUCCCAUUAUUUAGUGUUUUAUUGUCAAGCAAAACUAUCAGCUAUUUAUAUCAUAUUGUGUUUUAAUUAUUUACAUGUAUGUCAUGUGAAAAAAACUUUGCCCUUUUUUUCAUUUAUAUCAUGAAUUGUAUAUGUAGAUGCAAGUGCAGAUUUAUAUGCCAGAAUACUUUAUGAUUCUAAAGCCAUGUCCAUUUUCAUUGGACACCUGAAAAAUUUAUGUACAACAAAAUCCAAGGAUAUUGAAUAUCCACUUGUAUAGAACUGUAUUGAGUUGAAAUUUUUAUAAAUUAAAAAUAUAGCUUGUGCAUUGUAAUUGGUGCAUUAAUAUGGUCUUCAAUGUCAAAGCUUAUUUUUACAAUUGCAGUAAACUGUUUUAUACAUCCAGUUUUAACAGUAAAUUGAAGAUAGCAAGAAUUAAAAAAAAGUACAUUUAGUAUCCUUUAGUUCCAUCAAUUAAUUCUCAUUUGUGUACCCCUCCAAGGAAAAGGUGUUUUGAGGCUUAGAAAUGCAUAGGUGUGGGAUACCAUUAUUGAUCACAAUUGUCAAUCAAUUUGUAAAACUGUAAAACAUGUAGCAAACUUAACACCAAAAAUAGUUUUAUUCCCAGUGAGUAGAAAAUAACUUCUUUGUUUAAAAUAUCUUUUUUGGCAAAGGUUUGACAUAUGUUAUUUAUUUCUUUAAAAAAGUUUUUCAUCAAAUUUCUAAUAUUUUGUGUAAUUUGCCUCUAUUCUAAAUUUACUUUAAUUUUACAGCUGUGAUUUCUAAGCAUAUAUGGUAUAUUGAAGUAUAAGAUUUCACCUUUAGGCUUGCAAAAUUUGAAAAAAAAAGAAAAUUCAGUUUGUGUCUUUUGUGUGGCAUAAAUUUGUUGUUUUUUAUGGGGUAGUUGUUAAAAACACCAAAUUGUCUAUUUAAACAUCAGUUUAUAAAUAUAAUGUCUUCAUGGUAAAUUCACUGUAUUCUGUAGUUAAUAUUAAAAAAAAUACAAGAAUCUCAGUUCCUAAGAAUUUGCCCUUGAUUAAUGACCUUGACAUACACCAGACAUUCCCUCCCAAGUUGCUGCCUGUUUGAACAUGAUACGUCAAGGUUCCAUAUUUAUUUUUCUGAUUCAUUGUUUGCACAUAUAAAAUCAUGUUUUAUAUUUUAAAGUUCAAAUUGAGAUUGGUUUGAUUGGUGCUUUUAUUGUAAGAAACCAGCCAAUGAAGUCACUGGUUUCAGUCAGCCAAUGAAAUUCUUUGUUUUAAAUAUUUAUAUUUAUCAAAAUUGCUGUAAGUUUUGUUCCUAAAAUUUGUACAUAUAUAUUACAAGGGCAAUAUGAAUUCUGAAUAAAUUUUGAGUCUAA